AUGGAGUCGUAUAGAGUCAGCAGAGCCAGCAGGGCUGUUUCCCGCAUCCCUUCCUCUCCUCCCGCCUCCACGGAGGACGAGCUCUUCUACCAAGUCUUUGACUGGACCUCCUACUCCCAGGAUACCCAGGACAUUGGCAACAACUUUCAUUCCUCCUCCUCCCCCUCCGUCGCCGUUUCCAACUGGCAGCUGCAGGAGAGCUACUAUUCAAACCAAUGGUCCAAGGACCCUUCCGGAGCCGACCCAUAUCCCGUUGGUGCCUUUUCUCUUGCUGACCUGGAGUACGACCUCAACAUGGUGAAUGCCUCGCCUCGGUCGUCCGACGACGAGGAGCCUCCCUCUCCGCCGUCCGACUACAACGGCAGCCACUCGCCCCCGGAGCUUGUGUCUGCCGGCAGCGCCUCACCAUCGGAGCAUUCCGGCUCGUCCUCCUCCGUCGUUGACCUGGUUCACGAUGCUGACUAUGCCCGCAUCGCCAUAAACGAGGCCCUGAACGAGGCCCGGUUGCGCGAUGACGAGUGGACGUACCCCCAGGGUGAGCCCUCCCCUAAGCAGCUGCUUGUUGGGCACCCAAGCCACGCUCAGUUGCAUUAUGCAAAGUCGCCAGAGGCUGCCGGUCUCAAGCGUCGCCGUUCCAGUAAUGAGGUCGAAAAGAGGCACCGACAGCUCCAGGAUCCUAUGCAGACGGCGGAUGUGCGCAAGUCUGGUGCAUGUGUGCCAUGUCGUGUUUCCAAGAUUCGUCUAACCCGUCUCGUCCCGCUUCUAGACAUCUGGUCCCAAGAUGCUGCCGAGGAAGAAAAGUUGUGCAAUGGUCCACGUUUUCACAUCGGUACCCCCCGAAAAAUCCUCCUCUACCUGAACAAGGACUCCUCUUCCACACCCCUCAAGGUCACCGUGCAGGCAUACCGCCAGCAGGAAUACGCCAAUGAGACUGCGGGCGUCCGUCUGGCCGACUUCCCCCGCGAUGAGGUCCCAAGCCACGGGCAGCUGCAAAGGUGGGUCGAGGAAGAGAUCAAGCGCGAGCACACAACCAAGUUCAAGUACGCUCUCCAGAGCUUCAUGCUCGCCUACCACCAGGAUGGUGAGGGACUUCCAAGACAUCGCCUCGUGAGCAACGUGCACAAGCUCAACUGCUUCUUCCGCAUCUGGAAGACUGAUGCAUUUUGGUGCCAUGACCCAACCAACAAGUUUGUCAGCCUGCCCCUCUCAGUGCAGGCACGCUUGCGAAGCAUUGCCCGCCAGGGUGCGCGCUCUAUCGAACAUGACAUCCUCAAGGAGUUGGAUGAUAUUCUCGCUCAGCAAGGUGCCACCAAGCCCGACGAGCGCCUUGCCAUCUGGGCCAGCUUGUGGCAGCUCAUCCUCAUUUACCGUGAGACGCUUGCCACCUUCCAGAAGCACAUGAGCAGACUUGCCAAAGUGGCCGAUGAGUCCUGCCCCAUCGCUGCUGAGCAUGGGAAAUUGUGCCACUGGAUGUCAAACAUGGUCUUCCCCCUGAUGACCACAUUUUACCACUACCAAUUCCGCACCAAGAAGAGCUUGGAAGUCUCUCUCGACUGGCUUUCCUCUUCCAAGUACCCCAGCAAGGCGUACAAGAGCAAGGCUCUCCAGAUGACUGCCAAGCACCUGUUUGAGUCUCGAAAGGACUUUUACUCUCGCGUCCAGGGGUCUUCCCAUGAGGUUGACAAGUUGCUGGCUGCUCUCGUUGUGAACCACGAGCUUAAGAAGCUCAACGCUCGUCGCCGAAACACCAAAUCCAGCAAGUCCAAGGGGUCACAACAUGACGACUGUGACGAUGAUGACGAGUAG